AUGCCUGCUUUUGGGGAUAAGCUCAUGUGCUGCCAGCGGCGAUAUGCCCACCAAGGCGACAGUGCUGAAAGCCGUGAACAGGCAUACGAAGACUGCAGCUCAUCUGCGGACAUCAACGCUCAGCGGGUGAUUGAUGCCCUGCUAGAGUGCCUCGGGGAGCACUGCGCAGAGCGCCAUUUGUCUUCAGCAGCGCGAACAGCUUCAGCCUUCGUGGUAAUGAAGGUAUUGUACCAUCUGCAGAGCGUUAAGCUCAGCCUUGAUGAAGUUCACGCAGCAGCAGUAGAGGGAUCGAAGAGAGUCAACCGGGGCUCGUUUCCCCUUCGUUUGAGGAGGCGAAAGUGA